AUGCACAAUAUAAGACGCUCAUUCACUCGAUUACCUUUCAUAAGGAAACAAACAACAUGGAAUUGUAAAACCUUUGCAACAACAUCGUCAUCAUCAUCAUCAGACAAUGAAGAAAUAAAAAUUCCAAAUAGAAUCAAAAGAUCGCCGACAGAUUUACUUAAAGCGUUGAGUCAAACAGUUGGAUAUGACCCAACAGCGCCACAUUAUAAGUUCCAUGAUGAUCCAUUCUUGAUUCCUACUUCUAAUAUUGCAAAGAGAACUUUUGCUUUAGCUCAAGAAUCUGGUAGAAAAUCAGCAAAAUGGAUUCGACAAGAAAAUUGGAAACUUUUCCAACACACAGAAAUGGAUCCACCGAUUGAAGCAUUUGUACCAACAAAAAUUUACACGGAAGAAAGUGAAGUGGAAGUUAAAGAUCUCGAAAGUCUCAUUGCAGCUGCUGAUGUCACGGAUGCUGCUCUCGUCUAUCAACUCUUGCAGAAAAAUAAAAUAGAGAUUCCAGCUGAAGUAAUGCAAUCUUUCUUUGAAUUAAUUUGUUUCUUCAACAACGAGGAACAACUGGAUGAAGAUUUGGUUGAAGAGCGUUGGUUCCGUAUGAGUGCAAAAUUAAAUGAACGUCCACGAAAAACUUGGAAAGAUUAUGAUUUAGCUGAACAAAUCUUCAGUGAAAUCGAUCCGAAAGAUUCAAAAGCAUAUUCAACAAUCAUCAGAGGAAUGUGUAAAUAUUAUCAAGCGGAAAAAGCUUACGCAUUCUUCAAUGAAGCUCUCGCAAACAACAUUGCACUUGAUGUUGAAACCUUCAAUUCUAUUCUCAGUGUUGUCUCGUUUUUAAGAGAAGGAUAUGAAGCACGUUGGGAUUUAAUGAGGGAAUUAUUAAUAACAAUGAAGAGUGCGAAUUUAAAUCCAAAUCAAGGCACAUUAAAUUCUUGUUUAAGCAGCAUAACAACAAUGGGUGGACGAACAUCAAGAGACAAUGCUUUGAAGAUCCUUGGAGAGUUUAAGAGAAUUGGAAUUCAACCUUCAUUGGCAAGCUGGUAUUACAUUCUUCAGAUCUUCUGCAGAGAACGUGGACCAGUGUCGCAUGUUCUCAUCGACAUCAUGAAUGAAAUUGAAGGAAAAGAAUUCGAGAUCAAAGACCUUAAAGAUUGUCAUUUCUUCGUUACUGCUAUGGAUGUUUGUCGUAACCAUUUACAUGACAAGAACCUUGCGAAGAGAGUCGACGCUUUACUCCAUCAUGGUGACAAUUACAAUUUAAUUGGCGACUCAUACAAGGAAUCGGUUUAUUAUCGAAACUUCUUUUUGCUGUUGUUAUCAACUGAACCAUUUGAGAUUUUCAUGGACACUUAUCAUUAUCUUGUGCCCAAUGUUUACAUCCCUGAACCAGUAGUGAUGGAAGAAAUCUUGAAAUCGAUUGAAGUUUCAGGAUCAAUUGAAACAAUUCCUUUGAUUUGGUCGCACAUGAUUCUCUUCGAUCAUACAACGAGAGAAAAUCUUCUCAAUAUGAUUACAAAAAUCAUGAUCGAAAACAAACCAAAUCCUUCACUUCCACGACAGGAAAAUCUUGUUCAAAGUUUCGGUGACAUUGCUUAUGAUAUUUGGAAGAAGAUCGAAGAAAAGAAUGAAAUGAGAACGAAGCAGAUGAUCUGGACAGCAAGACUUUUGUCAGACAUUCUCACAUUAAUUUGCAGAAUUGAAGAUUUCGAGAAGGCAACAGAAAUCUUUGACAAGAUCAUUGGAAGUCAAGAUGAGAUUCUUGGAGACGCUGAAAUCACUUCGAUGCAAAAUUAUGUUCAAGUCUGCAUUCUCAAGAAACAACCAGAGAAGGCCGUCCAAUGUUUACAAUUCUGCACUGAAAUUGGCUUUCCUGAAUCCAAAGACAUGGCAAAAACAAUUUGUUCAGGUUUCACACUCGAUGAGAAUCUUCUCAAAAAAGUUGCUUAUCUUGCAGGCGAAGAUGUUUUGAAUGACAACAUUAUAAGUUGA